AGGUUUCUUUAUGUUGGUUUUAUUUCCCUUUUUUCUCUUGAUUCAUCAGUAUCAUAGAACAAAAAACUUUUUCAUCAUUCGAUCUGAAACAAUUAUGAGCCGAGACUAAAACGCGGGAAGCCAGAGAAGAACCCAAAAGAUGUUUUUUUUUUUUCCAAUUCUGUGCUAGUUGUAUUCAUUCUGAAUUGAGUUUUAUAAAUUGUUCCCGUGUUAUAUCGGCAGUUAGAGAGCAUAUUUAUGUGCAACAGCGUAUCACAUCGUGGUUCCACAUAUUUUUUUUUUUUUUUUUUUUUUUGAAAUGGGGACGAUCGGGUUUGUUUAUCGAAGUCCCAGCCAAGGCAAAAGCAAGCUGCAAGGAAGGUGGAGGAAGCGGUCAACCUUCCGUUGCCCUCUGAUGGUGAACUUAAAGGCUUGGGUGGAGAGAAUGACGGCCCAAUCCUUAAUCUGGGCCACACGGACCUUGGGAUAGGUGUUUCGGACCAAGCGGCACCAUCCGAAGGGGGUUUCAAGCAGGCGCCCCCAGGGUUUUUUGGGAUGGAGGGGGCUAAUAGGCCCCCCUCUGAGAGGCAAAUUAGGUGUUGGAGAGCGUUGGAGUGGCUCAUGCACGGCCAGCUCCUUCCAUAUCCUGGCACGAUUGUUAGGAUGGCCCCAUCUGAGCUGUCGUGGGAACAUGUCCUGGGAUUCUUAGAUAGGGCGUACGCGCGUGCAGUAGUAAGGGCGGAUGCAGGUUGGGUCUGGUGCCUGCAUGAGUACCUCAGGGAACGUUUGUCCCCAGGGGAAUACAGAGACCGGUUUCCGCUAUUAGAUGAAAGGGGUAGGGACGACAAAUUAUUAUUCUUUGACCCCGACACCCCCUGGUGGGAACCCGCUAUGGCAUGGGAGCGUCGCUUCCCAAGAGGUCUGGCUUAUCUGCCUCACUUCGAGGGAAGGGCCUCGACCGCGACGCGCGCUCCAGAGCAGGUGGGACCUAGUCUGGAACCAGCUGCCCCGGUAACCGCCCCCAAUCUUGAGGUUAUGGACAGCAGGGAGCCAUCUGCUGCGUCCAAAUUUGCACAACCAGACCUUCAGGAGACCCCUUUCAAGGACAUGAGUGUCCCUGAAGCCCAGGCUGGUGGACCGUCCACGAGGGGGACUACCCCGUAUGAGAAAAAGGAGGUGGGUAGGCGAGGCCAGGCAGGUGCACCCGCCACCCUGGGCAAGCGCACGUUUGGCGGGGCCAAGGGAGGGCCGGUCAACAAGCGGAAUGCGAGGGGACCUUGUCCACUUUGCCAGCAGCGGCCGCAUCAAAAGUUGAAGGUACAUGUGUACCGACACAUGCCGCCUGCACUCCGAUUGGGUCAGGAUAAACCUGCUAGGGAGGAUUUCCCUCUUCUUGAAGUAAUGGGGUGUCUACGGUUCUUGGCCAAGUGUUUCACUGGCACACACGACCUGGACGCUCUUGUCCAGUUCGUGAACCGGAGUGCCCCCGACAACUGGACCUUGCACAUCCCACCGGCCAUGGAGGAGGAGAUGUUUCGCCUCCUAGAUCAGCUGGGAGCAUCCCGGCCUGAAAGUAUUACGGCGCAGCCAAUAAAUUCCAUCGCCGCGUUGCUCCACUGGCGUGUCCUGGCAUGGCUUGUGGGGCAGUUGACUGAGGAAGAAACUCGGCAGCUACAUCAACUCGGGGGAUCUAGCACCUCGGAGCAGGGGGAGGCUAUGCCAGCGGAAGCCGCGCAGCCGAAACUGGCGGGGAGCACUAUUCCCCGACGCUGGUAGCAAGGCAGC